CGCGCCCAAUGAACUCAUCGACAAAAUGCGAAAAUGAUGGAUGGUCCCGACAGCAAAGAUCCUGGAGAAGUCUUUGCGAUACCAGAUCUCUAUGGCCCUUCGAAGUUCUUGAGCGAUGCUUUGCAGAAUCCCAGCUUUUUAUUUUCAGAACUGAAGCUUGAUGAUAUUGACGAAAGGCUACCGGUCGUUGUAGAACAAUCGCAACCUGCAGACGUCUUCUUCAGUAUACCUGAGAUCUCUUUUGGACCUACCGAGAACGUAUCCACCCCGAGCCAGUCAGUCGGCUCCCAUCAAGAUAUAAUCGAAGUGCAAGAGGAUGCUGUAAGAGACGGCGGAGAGGUCUGGCUGCUGCCAGACGAACUUAUUGUGGCGACUGCAAAUUAUCAAAGUUGGGACGCAUUUGAGAACGAGAAAUUCAAGGAAUUACGUACGCCUUAUAUUACAGAGGCUGGUCCCACCGCCUUCGAUACCGCAGUCGCCGCAAAGGAGGAUUUCCUAAGGAUCGGAAACACGGAUCAUGUUGUGGUAGAGGCCAAAAUUUAUACUUCUUCAGUCCUGGCUCUAGGACUAGGAAGAAGCUCGGUGUUCUUUACCUGGGAUGAAGAGAAGCUAUCAUUUGUUCCAACCCUGCCCAAGCUCAGGAUAUCCGGUUAUUCUGAGAAAUCACUGGGUGGACUUCUCACCACCUUCUUCGACUGUGGGAAUAUCACAAGGAACCUUCAAGGAUUCAUUGAAAAGACUUAUUCUAGAAGCACGUCGUCAGGGCGAAUUGCAUUAGCAGAUGCAGUCUCUACGUUGCUAGCAACCAUUCAAUCACGAUUGAGUAUGUCUGCGUCCACGUACCAAAGUAUCCUUCAACUCCAAUCGUUGUUUCAACCGGCUCAUUCGAUACUUACCUGCUUCCAGCGGAUUGUAGUAAACAUCUCGGCCACGCGUAGCGAUGAGUCAAUGUUAUCAACAAUCUUCGAGGAGAUCCAGCUUCUAGAGCAUCGAACAGAUUCGUUGAGAGAAAUACUUCUUGAGAUACUGUCUCGUGUCUCCCAACCAUGGCUUGAGUUUACUGGCGAAUGGCUAGGGCUGCAACGAGAGGCUGGCCUGCCACUUACGAAAGAUGGAAAGGGAAAGAGCUUUGUGAAAGUGGAGAAUAAGGAAUGGAUCGAUGACCAGGGCCUGAAAUUACAGGAACCAGAUUACUUUUUGGACAUCGAUAGAGUCCCUGCAUUCAUCCAACCUGAUGACGCUCGUGCAAUGUUCGAGGUUGGCAGGAGUCUCCGGUUUCUGCGUACUCACCAUGCGGAUCAUCCUUUAGCAAGGGCAGAUAUCGUUGCUUCUGCCAAUCCCCCGUCACUGCAGUGGAAUUUCUCAUGGCAAGAUAUAAUACAAGUUGAAGCGAAAGCUUUACAGUACGAGAAAGACCUCACCAACGCACUACUCCGCUUCGCGACAGGGAGUUUAGCAACUUCUCCGAUAGAAAAUGAGCCGGAAGGUUGCAAUUUUGCGUUGGACUUCUUUGGCAAGCCACAGGAAGAUAUGCAAGCUCAUGUUCUGGCUUCAAUCAACACGUUUGAUCAGCCAUUGAAUGAAAGAGUGUCGCCGGAUCGUCUCUCUCUUGGCCUGGAUUCAUAUCUCACCUCGAAAGAUGGAGAUCCAGGCGAUCAUGAUUCGAUCUUUGCUCCUCCGAUUUCACUUGCGCCAAUACUUUCUUUCAAUCCAAUCAUUGAGGCUCAAGCACGUAUAGUAAACGGAUCUUGUAUGAGAAUGUUCUUUAAUUCUCACAAACUGCGGGAACACCUGUCCGUGCAGCGAAGCUUCCAUCUCUUGGGAAAUGGGAUCUUCUCCAGUAGACUUUCCCACGCCUUAUUUGAUCCAGAGCUUGAGAGCGCAGAACGACACAGGGGAGUUGCACGUUCUGGGGGUAUCAUGGGUCUUCGCCUGGGAGGUCGAGAUAAUUGGCCUCCUGCAAGUUCGGAGCUUCGACUUGCCCUGAUGGGUGUUCUAAUGGACAGUUACACAUCAACGGAGCCACUCAACGAAUCUCAUGCCGGCACAUACCUCGAUAAAACUUCACUCCCUGGCGACCUUUCGUUCGCCGUUCGCGAUAUGUCGCAAGAAGAGAUCGAGAAAUGCUUAGACCCAGACUCCGUCGAGGCCCUCGACUUUCUUCGAUUAUCAUACAAGCCCCCUCCACCGCUUGAAGCUGUUAUUACCCCUAUGAUUCUAUUCAAGUAUGAUCAAGUUUUCAGGCUUCUUCUUCGUAUGACUCGAAUGCUUUACGUCGUCUCAGCUCUUUUCCGCGAUGCUACACACCGGAGCUCAUUCUGGCAAGGCAAUGACUUUGUAUCUCAACGUUUCCGCAUUGAAGCCCAACAUUUUGUCUCGAGUGUUUGUGGGUAUUUCUUCGAUACUGGCAUUGAAGCAACGUGGCGAAUCUUUGAGCGGAAGUUGGACCAGAUUGAAAAACGAAUCGGUGUGGAGGGUGACAAAAUCACUUUCGGCCAGAACGAAGGAUUAGACAAGCUCCGAGAUUAUCAUGAGCGCGUCUUGGAUAGGAUCAUGUUUGCACUUCUCUUACGGAAACGACAACAGCCAGUCCUGAAGCUUCUCGAGGAGAUCUUCGCCCUCAUUCUGCAAUUUUCGAAAUAUUCUCGGCAGAGGAUGCUGAACCAGGAGAAGACAACUGAAGCGGAUGAUGAGCUCAGAGAGAUUUAUGCGAAGUUUUACAAGAAGGUUCGGGUAUUCAUCACUGUGUGCCGAGGAUUGAGUGAAAAGAAAGGGUACGGGGAUAAGAGAACUUUGGACACCAGGACGCCUGGGCAAGGUCUUUUUGACGGCGAUGACCUCGCCGAAGAGAAUACUAUAGCACAUCUUCUGCUGACGCUAGAGAUGUCGAAUUACUAUUCGAGGGAUGCGUAGGAUCAAAUCAAAAGCUCAUUCAAUAAUAUCAUAUCAC